CCGCUCGCAGUGGGAGGGGAAAGCGACGGGGAACCGCCCCAGCCCUGGCCGCGGCACCCGCCGCGCCUGCUCCUGGGCCAGGGCCGCGGGACACGGAGGCUCCCUCCGCCACCCUCCCGGCUCCAAUUCCUUCUGCGCAACACCCCAACACCCUUCUCUUCCUCUUUUCUUAAAUAUGUAAUCACAGAAGCUCCUCCCAUUGGCCUCAGCCGUGGCCAGCGGCAGGAAAUCCCUCCUGCAUUUAGCUACCAUUGGUUCUUCAUAGGACAGUGAAAGCUUUCAGUAGCUUCCAACAGAAGCCACCCUAUAGCUCCCCUCUGCUCCAAAACCUGGCUACUGGUUAAACUCAUGACAGAAAGCCCUUGAGAUGCUGCAGGGGAAGCCCAAGCGCAUCCUGUUUCAGUUAUCUCCACACUCGCGUUCAAUACGCAUGCACAUGCUAACUUCCUUUUUUUUCUUUUCUUUUCUUUUGGCAGUGGCAGAUUUGGUCUCUUCUGAGCUCCUUGCAGCCUUUGGGCAAUCAGGACGUUGAAUUUGGCAGACGGUUACCAUUCGUUCCCUUGGAUCGUACCUGCCCUUGCUUUCCUCAUCCCCUCCUGUGCUCCCCUUCCCUCGGAUAAAACUCCAGGGUGUUGCAGUAUUGCUAUGGAGCCCAGGGAGACUUUGGGCAGCUCUUGGCAAAGGAGGGGUGAGGCAGACUUUCUGCCAGCCGCUGUCACCUCUGUGAAGCCUCUGUCUGCCUCUGGCUGUGCAGGGGAGAUGAUGCUGCCUAUGGCAGGCUCAGGGAAAGAGAUCCUGGUGAGUGGUGAAAGGCUGGAGCCGGAGGAAGAGGAUGAGCUGGGUUCUAGGAGAGAUGUGGAUUCCACUUCCAAUGCAGACAGUGAGAAAUGGGUGGUGGGAGAUGGCCUGGAGGAGCAGGAAUUUUCCAUCAAGGAGGCUAACUUUACAGAGGGGAGUUUAAAACUAAAGAUACAGACCACCAAGAGAACUAAGAAGCCCCCAAAGAACUUGGAGAACUAUAUUUGCCCUCCCGAGAUCAAAAUCACCAUCAAGCAGUCUGGGGACCAGAAGCUUUCUAGAGCUGGUAAAAAUAGCAAAGCAGCUAAAGAGGAGGACAGAUUGCACUCCAGAAAGAAGGUUUAUGACAGACCACAAAAACAUUCUGUUCUGCACUAUGAUCCAGGUCUCCAACAAGACCUCACCAUUGACACCUUAAAAUCAAAGCACCAGAAGAAAAGUAGCAACCAGCACCAUCUUGACUGGUCAGCGAACUCUGAUACUGGAUCCACUUCUCAAAGUUGCUUUGUCAACACAGAACCCAGUAGAGAAGCAGUUAGUGCCAUCAAGGUCUCCACUCUGGAGCCAGGAGUUUCCUUCAGCAAAUCUCAGGCAAAGAAGUCCUGCACCAGCAGCACAUGGGGGCAGAUAGCCAGUAGUAAAGAGCUUGCAAUUUGCAGUGCAGUCCCAUGCCCCAACAGCAUCAGUGUGGUCACCCAGCUGAGCAGCGCCUCUGAGUGCAAUGGGCUUUUGCCUCUUGUUGAACAAGAGGUAGGUGUGCAGCUGGAAGCCCCAAAUCGGUCCACCAGGAGUACAAAGAAGUCCAGCAAAAAGGACUUCGUAAGUCAAACCAUCCAAACCACAGACACUGAGUGGGUGAAGAGCGCUCAGAAAGCAUUUGAUAGCAAAUCCCAUUACAGCAUGGAAGGAAAAAAGGACAGUGUGUUGGAUACAUCACCCUUGAAGCAGAAUUCUGCUUCUGCUAGCAGUUGUGAAAGUGAUGCCAGUCACAUACAAAUUACUCUCCCGAUAAAGUCUCCAACAACAGAUACAUCUGACCACAAAAGGAAACAAAGGCACUCCACAAAAUCUUUCAUAGAGAAAACUAUCCAGGUGAAAAACCUGCCUUCUGGACUUGCUAUGAGCAGUGAAGUAGCAAACAGGACUAGCUCUCAGCCAGAAGGGAGUAAAAAAGAUCUUCGAGCCACAAAGCCAGGAAAAGUGAUUGAAAAUGAGUCCCCCUUAGUAGCUAUCGACAGUGGUGUGCUCACUGAUAAAGUUUCCCCCAGCUGUGCCACCAGACUCAGAAAAUCUGUAUCUGUGACAUCCACUCUCGUACCCACCAAUCUUCCCACAACUGGCAAAUUAUCUGAGGUCCAGCACCCCAAACAUGCAGCUGAGUGGCAAUGGACCUGUAACAAACCUAAAUCUAUCCUUCAGGACACCUCCACGACAACAUCUGAUAAGCUGAUGGUGGAGCCUCCUUCAGCCUAUCCCAUCACACGAUCCAGCCCUCUUUAUACCAAUACAGAAAGUCUUACUGUGAUCACACCUCUCAAGAAAAAAAGAGGACGACCAAAGAAACAACCUUUGCUCACUGUUGAAACCAUUCAUGAGGGAACCUCCACCAGCCCAGUGAGUCCAAUCAAUCGCGAAUUUGCAGGAACAAAGAAAAGGAAAAGGAGAAGGAAUCUAGCUAAGUUGGCCCAGAUGGUUCCAGGAGAGGACAAGUCCAUCAGUGAACUCAAGUUUCACAAAAAGGUCAGGAAGCUUGGGGUCUUGGAUAAGAAGACCAUCAAGACCAUUAAUAAAAUGAAGACCCUCAAGAGGAAGAAUAUUCUCAGUCAGAUCUUGUCAUCCUGCUCCAGCAGCAUAGCUCUGAAAGAAAAAGUCCAGACACUGUCUAGUGCUGGGCCAACCACCAUCGAUGCCAGACUAGGGAAGCAGAUCAAUGUCAGCAAGAGGGGGACUAUCUACAUUGGUAAAAAACGGGGCAGAAAGCCAAGAGCAGAGCUGCAGACUCAGCCAGAAGAACCUAAGACAACCAUCAAGCACUCAAAGCCUGUUUCCAGCCAGCCAGAAAACCCAGCAGUGCCUUCCAACCUUCAGUCACUUGCAGCUAUUCAUCCACUUUCAACAGAGUUAUUGGGGACUAACAGCAACCUUAGCCCUGCAAGCACUGAAACAAUUUUUUCAGAGUUAAAAACUAUGCCAAAUCUUCAACCUAUCAGUGCUCUUCCUACAAAAACCCAGAAGGGAAUGCACAGUGGAACUUGGAAACUGUCUCCACCCAGGCUAACAGCUAAUUCACCUUCUCACCUUUGUGAAAUAGGUUCUCUAAAAGAAGUCACGCUGUCACCAGUGAGUGAGUCUCACAGUGAGGAAACCAUACCAAGUGACAGUGGGAUAGGCACAGACAACAACAGCACUUCUGACCAAGCUGAGAAAAGCUCAGAAUCCCGCCGGAGAUACUCCUUUGAUUUCUGCACUCUGGACAAUCCAGAGGCUAUACCAUCUGACACCAGCACAAAGAAUAGGCAUGGUCACUGGCAGAAACAUCUCAUUGUGGAUAGCUUUCUCUCUCAUGAGAGUAUUAAAAAGCCAAAGCACAAGAGGAAAAGGAAAAGCCUACAGAACAGAGAUGACAUCCAGUUUCUGACAGACCUUGAGGAACUCAUCGAUAAAUUUCAAGUAUUCAGGAUUUCCCAUAGAAAUUAUACAUUUUAUCAUGAAAAUCCAUAUCCCAGCAUCUUCAGGAUUAAUUUUGAUCACUACUACACUGUGCCAUAUGUCCAGUAUGACCCAUUGCUCUAUCUUCGCAGGACCUCUGACAUGAAGCCUAAGAAGAAGCGUGGUAGACCUGCCAAAACCAAUGACACCACGACAAAGGUGCCUUUUUUACAAGAGUUCAGUUACCCUAUUCCCAGUGGGAGUUACUAUGCACCCUAUGGAAUGCCUUACACAUCAAUGCCUAUGAUGAAUCUUGGUUACUAUGGUCAGUACCCAGCUCCUCUGUACCUGUCUCACACGCUCGGAGCAACUUCUUCAUUUAUGAGGCCUACCUUGCCCCCACCCCAGUUCCAUGCAAGCUCUCAUAUGAAGAUAUCCUCCACUGCCAAACAUAAAGUAAAACACGGAGUGCGCCUACAAACACCUGUGGGAAUGGGCCUUGGAGACAUGCAGUCCUCUUUGGCUCCUCCAAAAGUUGGAGGAACAAGCCUUUUAAGUGGUCGACUUCACAAAAAGAAACACAAACAUAAGCACAAGCAUAAGGAUGAGCAAAUAUUGGGGACACAUGAUCUGAGUGGUCUGUUUGCUAGCAAGUCCACUGACUUCUCCAGCCACACAAUCAAUGAAAGGCUAAGCAGCUCAGAUAAAGACCUCUCCUUGCUCAAUGACAAAAGAAAACAUAAGGAGAAGCAGGAGAAGCAGAAGUAUCAGCAUUGUGAAACUGGACACAAAGGCUCAAAGAGUAACUUUGGAGUGGAUACACUGUCUACAUUAUUACUUUCUGAUGCCCAGCAGUGGACACAGAGUAAAGAUAAAAGUGACUCAAGCAAUGAUCCCAUUGACUCUUGCACAAAGAGAUACUCUGGUAAUACUGAGGGUAAUGGAAAGUCAGAGUCCCUGGACAUGUUUGGUGAAAUGAAUUCCUCAAGUGAGAAGAGGGACAAUGAUGCAAGUGGGAAUAAAAGAAGCUUUGAAGGGUUUGGAACUUACAAGGAAAAAGACAUUCAGCCCUUCGGGACAAAUAGGAAGAACAGAAGUACUUAUUCUUCAGCCUCUUCGGAGGGGCAAAAGAAGGAAUCUGAAUCUUUUCUGAGAGACUAA